UUUCCCUGCCAGAGGCUAUUAAAUAACCAAGACGGAGUAUGUGAUAUGGGCUCAGCUAGUUUAGGAGGCAGCUCUUUGCUCCCCUUUAUUAAUAUAGGCAAGAAAACCAAGGUGUGGUGUUAGAGACUUGCCCAUACUCAUGCAAUGGGAACAGAUUUUAUGACAUCUUUUUCAAGCCAGGGGCUCCUCCCUAAGGUGACCAAGCCUGCCCGCUCACUCACCAGACCUGCCCAGACCUGAGGUUGUUGCCCAGGGAGCUUUAGCUCCUCUCCAAACAUAAACUUGAACCGGUAAACCUGGCCUUUCCUCUCUGCCUUUGGCUAUUUCAUCCUCCUUUCCCUUUCCCCUGCCCCUCUGUUCUGUCUUCUGCAGGUCUUGGCUGCUAUCAGGAAAGGAGUCCCAUCCCAUGGACUCCCACUCCGGGGAGCUAGGGCUCCUGCCCUGUGGGUCCUGUGACAUGGUUUUCCGUUCCUGGGCCCUGCUGGCCACCCACACUCAGCGCUUCUGCAUUGGCCGUCAGCCCCGGGAGCUGACAGUUGGAGAACAGCCCCCAAUAGCCACUGAACCACGGGUACCCAGGGUUGUGCCAGAAGAACACCAGGGCCUCCCAGACCAGGAGGCCAGCAAAUCGGCUCUGAAGAGGCUAACAGAUGAGGUGCAGCGGCUGCGGCUGUAUCUGCAGGAAAUGCGACCCAGCAUAACAGAGGUCCCCAGAGGGUCACAGGGGCCCUGGAGGCGGUCAGAGGCACCGACUCAGAGUCCCAACUACGAGACUGCUGGGAGCCCCGGCGAGCGGCUGCGGGCGCUGCACCGGACUCACGCAAGGCUCUUGGCAGAGACCAAGGCACAGAGCUGUGCCCUGGAGCGACGCGGCGAGGAACUGAGCCGGCACCUCCAAGGUUUGGCUUGGACCCGGGACGGGAAAUCACGCAUAUUCAGCCUGGAGCGGGAGCUUCGAGAACUCCGGGCAGAGGCCGGGCGAACGCGGGGUGCUCUAGAGGAGUUAGGGGCGCACGUUCAGCAGCUACAGGCCAACCCCGGGACUCGGCUGAACGCCUUACGAGAGGCAGAACUCUGUGGUCCGGUGCUACAGGCAAACCCAGGGACUCUGGCUGCGGAGAUCGGGGCCCUGCGUGAGGCCUACAUUCGAGGCGGGGGCCGGGACACCGGCGUUCUGGGCUGGAUAUGGCAGUUACAAGUGGAGGCGUCAGCUCUGGAGCUUCGGCGGUCGCGGACCCGCAGGGGAAGACAGGCAGGUGCCGCAUUCAAGGAGCUUCUAGCAGUGGAGGCUGAAAAUCGGCGCCUGGAGGCAGAAAUCCUGGCUUUACAGAUGCAGAGGGGUGCAGGCCGGGUGCCCUGGGGGCACAGGGAGCCGAGACUUGUGGCCAAUCCCAGCCCACGCCUGAGAAGAAGGGAAGAUCCCCCAAGCCUCCCGCCUCCAGUGGCUCCCCCGCUGCCGCUGCUUCCACACUCCACAGGCGUCCUAUUCUUGGGUGGCGCCGAAAAGGCUUGGCAGCUUCCUGGAACCAUGACCAGGAACCUGGGCCUGGAUCCACACUUCCUCCUGCCCACAACUGACGUUCUGGGCCCUGCACCCUACGACCCUGGGGCUGGCCUUGUCAUUUUCUAUGACUUCCUGCGGGGCCUUGAGGCUUCUUGGAUUUGGGUGCAACUAUUGACUGGCUUGGCCCGAGAUGGACAGGAUACAGGAGGGACCACAGCGUUGCCCCCAGCCCUUUGCUUGCCCCCACCUCCAGCUCCUGGGCCGAUGGGCAACUGUGCCAUCCUUGCCAGCAGGCAGCCUAUACCCAGACUACCACCUUCACCAUCAGUAUCCUUGGUCUGUGAGCUGCAAGCCUGGCAGGGGCUGGCAUGGGCUAAAGCACCACUGCCAAAAGCCUGGGCCUCGCUGGUGCUAUUUGACCGGGAUCAGAGGGUGCUAAGUGGUCGCUGGCGUCUCCCACUUCGGACCCUUCCUCUGGACCCCAGCCUUAGCUUUGGGCAGCUGAAUGGGAUUCCCCAGGUAGGUCAGGCCGAGCUCUUUCUGCGGCUGGUGAAUGCAAGAGAUGCAGAUGUACAGACACUGGCAGACAUCAAUCCAGCAAGUGCCCACGAGUACCAGUACCCACCUCUGGUGCCCAACUCAUCUUCACUGGAGGCCAGCUCCCUGGCCCCAACAGCUGGCUUUGUUGACCCCCCUCCUCCUGAAGACCCCCACCAGCGGCAGAGUCAAGCACAGAGAGGAGGGUUUGCGCCCUCAGCACAGCUUUGACCCACCCCCACUGGCUUUCUGAGUCCAGAAGAAUGGGCGUAUGAGUAGCUUCACAGGCACAGGACUGGGGCCUAGACUGAGGCCUGUUCUCCCAUCUGCAGCUUUACUACUCCAUGUUCUGACAGAGGGUCUGGAAGCAAAUACAGAUGUGAACACACAACAUGAGCUCCCAUCACAGCUCUACCACCUUCCACAAGUACUUGGCCUUUCUUAUCCUUUUGUAAAAAAGAUUGAUGUGAGGAUUAAACAGAUAUGUCAGGUAUUUACAGUAUUGCCCGGCAUAUAAGAAAAUUCUCUGAAAGGUGACUUGGAGACAGUCUUUCAUUCAGCUAAAGGAACUUGAUGAACUCAUUCCUGUUUUUUUUUGCUAAAGCCAGUCUUACCGCCCACUUCUUCAUCCAAAUCCAAGCUUCUUCAGGACAUCACCCAGGAAGCCUUCCAGGUUCUCAAGGUCACCAUGAAACAGGGAGCUCCUGUAGCCAUAUAUACUUACAGAAAGACAACCCAGUCAUGUUCCUCCCAAGUUGGCGGCAGGGGGGAUGGUCACAAGUGAAACCUGAAUUGUUAUAUUGGGCGUGGCCCCAGACCCCAGUGUCAGCCAAAGGUCAAAGGCCUGGUAGUCAAGAACUCCCUCCGGGCUUCCCUGGUGGCGCAGUGGUAAAGAGUCCAGGUUCGUGCCCCAGUCCGGGAAGAUCCCACAUGCCGCGGAGCGGCUAGGCCCGUGAGCCAUGGCCGCGAGCCUGCGCGUCCAGAGCCUGUGCUCCGCAACGGGAGAGAUCACAAAAGUGAGAGCCCUGCGUACUGCGCAAAAAAAAAAAAAAAAAAGCUCCCUCUGCCUCCAACAUUAGAUAUUCAAACUGCAGGUUCUAACCUGCUGUCUCUACAGUGCAGCAAAGUAGCCCUAUGAAUGCUGGAAAUACUAAACCCCUUAGGUAGUAGAGGGCAGGCACUGUUUGGAAUUCAGAUCCAAAUACUGCCUGGUGAAUACCAAUUUCUUAAAGGUCAGGUCAGAGGCAGCCGAGUCAUGGGUCUCACACUAGCCCUGCACCCUGGACAUCAGCGAGGGCCCAAUGGGAUGGCUUUAGUAACAGUGCCCUAACCACCAGCACCCUUACACUGGGCAGCCAGAACUGCUGACCCAUUAUCCACCUUUCAACCCCACAUCCCACUGAAAUGCUCAGGCAGCCCAUGAUCCCACUCUAAGAUCUUUAAACACAAGUCCAGAGACCAAGAGCUUUUUAGCAUCUUUAUUUAAGAAGUCAAAACUGUGGACAGGUAACAAUUCCAACUGUUGAUAUUUUCUGUUAUAACAAAUAUAACUCAACCAGCCAGUUCUCCCCCCAGAUUCCUUCUUCCAACCACAUCCAGAGUGUCCAUCAGUCAGUCCCUUAGUCACUUUCAAACCAGAAAGCUCAAUUUUCUACAAUUAGCACACCAGUUUCCUCAAGGACCACUCCCCCCUCCCCAGCCCCAAGUUUUCUUCAGUUCUUUUUUCCAGGACAGGAUUAUGGCCCCAGUUGGAGACGAGGUGGAUAAGACAGGUGCCACCUAAGGCCUGGCUUAGAAGCUCUUAUCAGUUCACAGUCAAAGUCCAUCAAACAGUAUCAGCACCGAACAGCAAGAUCUUCACCAAGUCUUGUUUUUUAUAGCUCCUGUCCAGGGAGAGCACCAUUCAAAGUUCACAAGACAGCUGGGUUCAGAGUAUUUAAGAUGGAAAAAAUAUAGCACCAUUGGAAGAUAAGGGCCUACAGCCACACUUGAUUUCAUCACCUCCACAUCAGACAGGAAUCUGGAUUAGAACUUCCAACACAGAGAUCAGUAGAGGAGGGAAAAAAACCCCACAAAAACCUUUGGCCACCAUAUAAAACCCGGAGUGCUCCAAGGCACACAUUUAGCCAAUAUUUAAGGAAAAAAAAAAAAAUCAUCAAAGCCUCAACCUUUGCUUACAAUCUUUAUUGAAGUUAUACAAAAAGAAUCCCCCAAAAGUGAAAAAAUACAUUAUAUACAAAAACACUUUCCAUUGGGAGGAAGGCUCUGCUCCCUCUCUUAACAUGCAGUGCUUUCAACUGUAGCUCCAGCCUCCACUGUCCCCUCCACUGCUGCCCGGCAUUCAGCCUGAUUCUCAGCCUGGAAGAUAAACAGGGAGCCUGGGCAUAAGUGACCCUACUUUAAGCCAUUCUUUCUUACACAACUGAGCAGGCCUCAGUCAGAGGAAAUAAACACAGGUCCCUUAUCUGCUUUGCUCUCUACACUAAAAGAGCAAUGACCACAAGUUAUAAGGCCAUUUCCUAAAUUCUCUGUAAUAGGGCUGACAGAGCCAGUGUUCAUAUUAGAAAGAGGAGCAAAAAAAGACUGAAUGGUCUUGCCAAUUAAGUGUCUUCUCAUACAUUCAUUAGAGUGGGACCAGUGAUAUGUAUAUAGGUUCCAUUUGUCAAUGAGACGUCCUAUAUUUUGUAACCAAACUGUUUCCUGUAUGACCUCAUUGUUUUUGAGGGUUGCACUCAAGUAAUCCAAACAGGCUCAAGUUGGGGAACAUGCACUUAGAAGGACUGGUUUCUCCAGGCCCUGAGAACAAGGGGAAAUGAGGCAAGUGUCCAAACCCUGCUUAACUGCCCACCUCCUCCUCCAUGUUUUCCGAAACUUCAGUUCCACUGGAGACAGCAUCCCCACUGCCUCCAUUCACCUCCGGCUCUUGUUUGGCUUUCUUUGCAUCAUCUUUCCGGGGGCUCUCUUCCUCCGGUUUUCUCUAAAGAUAUA